CCGAGCCCAGACCGACCUAGCGCACUGCGGAGAGCUCACCCCAGCUACGCCUCCACACCUCGGCCUAAGGUCCAGCUUUCGCGGGCGUGUCGUAAAAUGUCGGCGGCGAGCCGCUUACCAGCACGCUGUCUGUACGAGCUAGUGGGUUGCAAAGGUUUAGAAGCUGCUUAUUUGUGGUAGUUGUGACUGGGCUUCUACUUGCCUUUCGUAGGUGUUAUACAGUACUAUCAAGCUCUACCGGGACCUAAAUAGACAUCGUUGUGGAAGAAUAUAUUGAAUUGAAGAGAAGAAAUAGAAGGAAAGGACAACAACCAUGGCAGGUCCCGUCCGACAGCCAAUCGACAUUCCGUCGCUGGAGCGCUACAUCGAGCGCAAUGUCCCCGCAAUCCAAACUCCCAUCUCCCUGAAACAAUUCGGCUUCGGCCAGUCAAACCCCACGUACCAACUCACCUCCGCCAACUCCUCAAAGUUCGUCCUCAGGAAGAAGCCUCCGGGCAAGCUUGUGAGCAAGACCGCACACAAAGUCGAGCGCGAGUACCGCAUCCUCGCCGCGCUGCAAAACACCGACGUCCCCGUGCCGCGGGUCUACGGCCUCUGCGAAGACGACAGCGUCAUCGGCAGCCCCUUCUACAUCAUGGAGUUCCUUGACGGCAGAAUCAUCACCGAGCCGCACUUUCCUGGCGUGAGUAAGGAACAGAGAGAGGAGAUGUGGCAUGAUGCGGUAAGGACGCUGGCCAAGCUGCAUCGGCUGGAUCCCAAAGCCAUCGGACUGGAAACGUACGGGAAGCCGUCUGGCUUCUAUGACCGGCAGAUAAAAACAUUUGGUACACUAGGGGAUGCGCAGAGUGUAGUCAAAGAUGUGGAGACGGGGGACACGGUAGGCGAGGUCCCGCGGAUGAAGGAAAUUGUGCAAUUCUUCAGCAGCAAGCGCAGCCAGCCGCGCGAUCGCGGGACGCCGAUACACGGCGAUUACAAGAUCGACAACUUGGUGUAUCACAAGACGGAGCCGAGGGUGAUUGGGAUUCUGGAUUGGGAAAUGUCCACGAUAGGGCAUCCCCUCUCCGAUCUCUCCAACCUCAUCGCUCCCUGGACAUACAGCGCAUUCAGUACCGAGCGCCGUAACGCCUCCCCCUCCUUCGCACCCACCGCCACGACGCCUGGCCUCCCCUCCCGCGAGCAGGUCGUGCGCUGGUACGCUGAGGUAGCGGGCUGGGAUCCUGCGCCGGACCUGGCGUGGGGCACGGCAUUCGCCAUGUUCAGGGACAGCAUUAUUUUCCAGGGGAUUGCGAGCCGGUAUGCGGUAAGGCAGGCAAGUAGUCUGGAGGCGAAGAAGGUGGGAGAGGAGAUGCGGCCGUGCGCGGAGAUCUGCUGGGAGCUGGUGCGGAGGGCGGGCGGUAGGGGGCAGAAGUCGAAGCUAUAG